CACAACCGGCGACGACAUUGCCAAUGUAUAAGAGGUGUAUUGUAAUUAUUAUUAUACUGUUUAUACCACAAUAUGUCACCGGUUGUUACUUAGUUUAAUCCCGCACCGCCGCAAUCGGAGCAAGAGACCACAUAUUUUGUAACCAACAAUAUAAUAUCAUUAUUAUAAUUCAUAUAGUUUACGAUAAUAUUAUUAGACAUCGAGUAAUCACGACGACUACGACUACGACUACGACGGCGACAUGGGAGUUUUUAGUUUUGUAUCACUAACAUUAUUUGCAAUUGGAUCAGCUGCUAUACAUGUGCCAUACAGGAAACCAUGGAUCGAUUCGGAGACCGUAAAUAGUUUUUUCGGAGGGAAGAAAUGGGUGGUUUUGGUAGCCGGUUCGGAUGGAUGGAACAAUUACAGACAUCAGGCGGACAUAUGCCAUGCAUACCAAAUAAUUCGAGAAAACGGCAUACCGAAAGAAAAUAUAAUUACGAUGAUGGUGGAUGACAUUGCAAACAAUCCAAGGAAUCCCACGCCAGGAAUGAUAAUUAAUCAACCAAACGGAAAGGACGUGUACAAAGGAGUUGUCAUCGACUACAAGGGGAUGGAUGUAAACAGCACAAAUUUCUUGAAGAUUAUCACUGGUGACAAAAAAGCCAUGCAGUCCAUUGGAACUGGAAAAGUAAUUGAAGGAGGACCGCACGAUAAAGUAUUCAUUAAUUUUGUCGAUCACGGUACCACAGGGAUAUUAGGUUUCCCAGACGAUUUAUUAUACGCUGAUGAACUGAACGACGCGCUCAAAACUAUGCACGCAUCUGCACGUUAUAGAAUGGUGUUGAUGUACAUUGAAGCGUGUAAGGCAGGUUCUAUGUUUGAUGGGAUACUCCGUGACAACACAGGUGUUUUGGCGGUAACUGCAUCAGGACCCAGGGAAAAUUCGUUUGGAUGCUACUGUCGAUCUCAAUCUGGACCAUACAAAACAUGUCUUGGAGAUUUUUUCAGCGUCACAUGGAUGGAAAACUGGGACGCGUUGGUAUCCGAAUCGCCUAAGAAAAAGAGAACCGUUUUCUAUGACUUCAAUGAGGCGAGAACCAGCGUCACCGAAAGCAACGUCAUGGUGUACGGUGAUUUCAGAACGGGUCAUGAAACGCUCUCCUCGUUCAUAGGUUACAAGAACCGCAGUAAAAAACAUCCUUCGGCCGAACCAGUAAUGACCGUAACGAAUAAGCCAAAGAACACAGUAAUGUCCAGUAGAACCGUGUAUGAAAAUUCCGUACAACAAGAAUUGGCGGGCAAUGAGUUGUCAGUCUCGGAAAGGCACCAUUUGUCAACAGAAUUACAUUUGAACAACGAAAUGAGGUUGAUCAUCGACAAAGCACUUAGGACAAUUUAUUCGAAGGUAGUGAAGGCUAGACCGGAAAUCAUAAGUAAAGUCGGCGACUUUUACGAACCCAAUCAUCUAGAACUCUCGUUAGAUAUGUUCCCGUGUUACAAAAGUAUUUUAAAUAAAAUCACGGAGAGCUGCUUUUCUUUGCCACGGAAUCCCUACGCUUUGGAUCGGUUGACGAUUUUCGCAAACUUUUGUGUCGUCGAUAAACACAUACACCAGUUAGUCGAAAAAUUGGUCAGUGCAUCGUGUUCGAACGUUCAUAAAUUGAAUAUAAAAAACGUAUAUUAGAAUCACGGCUCGUCGUAUACGUAAUGCACUGCACUGGUAUAGUAUACACCUAGGUGACAAUAACACGUCUAAUGUACUAAUUGAUAUAUUAUAUAUAAUUAUAAACUAUAAUAAAAUAAUAUUUUGAUUAAA